AUGAAUCCUACUACCACUCAACCCCCACCGCCGUCGUUACCACCGCCGUCGCUUCCGCCGCCGCCGCAGCUACAGCCUCACCGCCACUCCACCUCCUGCGACCGCCACCCUCAGGAGAUUUUUACCGGCUUCUGCCCUUCAUGCCUCUGCGAGCGCCUCGUCGGGCUCGAUCCCAACUCCUCCUCUUCUUCCGCCGCCACACGCAAGCCGCCGAGCUCCUCCACCGCCGCUGCCGCCCUUAAGGCCAUCUUCCGCCCUUCCGCCGCAGCGCGCCGCCCUCCGCCCUCCUCCCUCUCGGAGCUCCGCCGCACCAAGUCCUUCUCCGCCUCCAAAAACGAAGCCCUCUCCGGUUUCUUCGAACCGCAGAGAAGAUCCUGCGACGUGAGAGCUCGUAGCACCCUCUUCUCCCUUUUCAACCAGGAAGCCGAAGUCGAAACGCGGCACGUUCCCUCCUCCUCCGUCGUUCAGAAACCCGUUCUCGAGUCUGAGGAGGAAGAAGACGAGGACGACGAAGAAGAUAACAUUGUCGUUCAAGACGCAAACGACAUUAUAGUUCCCGAAUCCCCUCAACCCCAACCAACUAACAUAGAAAAUAGAGUUUCAGAAAUCGUAGAGGAGGAAUCAGAAACAGUACCCGAACCCGAAGUAGCAGACGUGGCAGACGAAGACGCUCUCAAGGCAAUGAAGGACCACAUGGAUCUGGACUCGCAAACAAAGAAAACGUCUGGUCGCGACCUGAAGGGAAGUUUCUGGUCCGCGGCUUCGGUCUUCAGCAAGAAGCUUCAGAAGUGGAGGCAGAAGCAGAAGAUGAAGAAGCGCGAGCGCAACGGCGUCGUUGUGGGCUCCGGCACCCUACUCCCCGUCGAGAAGCCUAUCGCGCGCCAAUUCCGCGAAACGCAGUCGGAGAUCGCCGACUACGGCUUCGGCCGCCGCUCCUGCGACACCGAUCCGCGCUUCUCGCUCGACGCCGCGCGAAUGUCGUUCGAUUUCGAGGAGCCGCGAGCCUCCUGGGACGGUUAUUUAAUGGCGAGGACCGCGCCGACUUUCGCCGUUCCUCCGAGGAUGCCUACGAUGAUCGAAGACGCGCCGGCGCCGGUUCAGGUUCUCAGAACAGAUUCCCUCAUUCCCGUGGAGGAGCCUGAAUAUGAGGAGACUCUCACUCUUAAUCUAAAUCACAAUCCUAAUCUUAAUGCUAAUCAUAAUGUUAAUGUUAAUCCUAAUCUCCCUGGUGGUUCUACCCAGACGAGGGAGUAUUAUUCGGACUCUUCCUCGCGGAGGAGAAAGAGUCUUGAUAGGUCUAGUUCCAUUAGAAGGACUGCUGCUGCUGUUGUUGCUGAAAUGGAUGAGUUGAAGAGUGUUUCGAUUGCUAGUGCUACUACUAAUGCUAGGGUUACUCCUGCUGCUUCUGCUGAUUAUGUUCACAAUCCCUUGAGGGACUCCAAUUCGAAUUCGAAUUCUUUGAGGGAUGAUGGUUGUGAGAAAGGGGCUUCUAAGAAGUCAUCAAGCAGGUGGAGCAAGGCGUGGAGUAUAUGGGGUUUGAUUCACCGAAGAGGGAGUAAGGAGGAGGAUGGUGCAGGGAAUGGGAAUGGGAAUGGCGUGGAGAGGUCGUACUCGGAGUCAUGGCAGGAGUAUAGAGGUGGGGAGAGAAAUGGAGAUGUUAGAGGCGGUGCUUUUAAUCCGAAGAUGAUGAGGAGUAACAGCAGUGUGAGUUGGAGGAAUGCGCAGGGUAUAGGUGGUGUUGGUGGUGGUGGAGGGUUUGGGAGUGUGAGUAUGAGGAAGAGUGAUGUGCAGGGGAAUGGGCUUGGGCUUGGGCUUGGGCUCGGUGGUGGUGGUAGGAAGGGGAGGGAUGAGUUUGUUGGUUUGGAGAGGAACCGGAGUGCAAGAUACUCGCCAAACAACAUUGAUAACAAUGGUCUCUUGAGGCUCUACUUGGGUGGCCGGAGAAAUGGGUCCGGGAAAGGAAGGUCGAACCAGGCACAUUCUAUUGCCAGGAGCGUUCUCCGGCUGUAUUGA